AUGGCCCACACGAGCGAUCGUAUACGUCAGUUGGAGGACGCCCUUGCCAUCUUGCAGUCGACAGUUAGCAAAAAACCACACCUGCUGCUUGACCGUGAGCUGUUGAAGAUCAAGUCGAGUACUGCCGAGCUUCAUUCGGCCGUGGAAGGUGAAGAACAUGAGAGCCCAGACCACCAGGAACAAGCGGAAGAAUCACAAUAUAUAGAGGCCUGGCUAUUCGCGAUGACGGAGCCGCUACUGUACUUUCUAUGGUCGAUCGGCAUGCUCGGAGGUGGCGAAGCCACCUCCCCACUCGAACGCUCGCUCCAACGCGACCCCAGCGGAACCGUCUGGCCAGCCCAGCCCAGCCCACUCAGCCAGAUCCACAACAUCGCCAGAGAUAAGCUCCCUCGCCUUCUUGCAGCAAAAGUUGGCUGGCCGUACAUCCUCAAGGGCCGGAUACGUUACACAAAGCGGCUCAUUGGAUGCUGUAUUCUCAGCUCUGCUGGAAUGCUGAUAUGUUCACUCGCAGCUCUAACCUACAAGCGCUUGCUUACUUUUUUCUUGCAAAUCGUCGCAUUCUUUAAUAGCCUUGCCAUGAGACUUCUCGGCAUCAGCCUUGCAUACUUCUCGUCGGCUGGGUUCAAUCAUUCUUUAAAGUCGGCUAUUUUGCUUCGAGUACCGGAGCUGCUGGCUGGUCGGCCCAUUAUUUGGUGGGAGAUGCGUGGUUUGGGUGUCCGCGUUGGAGUAGGGUCAUCAUCAAUCAUGCCAUUAAUAAUCCCGCUCGCCUAUUCCUUCCUGCUUCCCCAUAGCUCGUCUUUCCUCUAUUCUGUUACGCCAACUGUCUAUGAAGACGCUUUAAGCCCGCCCCCGGCGCUUUCGGCGCAGCCAUACACUCCUAUCGCCCUAGAUGAAGAUGAAGAUGGGGAAGAAGAAGGAACUCUCGCCCCCGGACCCAAACAGGGUGUGGCGCUUAGUUCAGCCCCUUCUCCUGAAGUACAUGCUUCCAUUAUUCUGCGUUUAUCUCUACACCAUCAAUCAGGUCUGUCUGAACUCCUCUUCACUGACUCACCAACCUCUGAUCCGUGUUUCUCGACAAUCAAGGGGAUCGGUCCGACACUUCUGUAUCCUGUGCCAUCGGCGAAAGAUCACUGGCUGCUCAGCAAGAUCAUCCACUCAGUCAGGGAUUACUAUCCCCUGUGGCAACUUGUCUAUCAAUCAACCGUCUUCCUGUCCAGAUCCUCUAUUUCAUUCGGGAUCCCUGCUCUUCCCCAAAGCAUGCUCCCGCUAUCCGCCAUCAUUCAAGCCGUUAUCCUCGUCGUCCUAUUCUACGAGUCAGCGGUAGGAUUGUUUGACGACGGCGAUGAGGCUUGGAGCGUCUUGCUCGUCUUCAUUCUGAUUAGUCCAGAAGGGAUCUGCGGCCGCUUGGCAUACGUCAACGUCUUCGACCGCGUUACUCACGAACCUCCAGAUCCAAACACGCGCAACAACAUUCAAGUUGAACGAACGAGUCAAGAACGCGAGUUCAAGAUUGGCUCUAUCGGAUUCGCGGAUUCGACUGGUAUCCUCUUUGCUUCCAUUUUUGCGGUACCUACCGAGUUGGAACUCUGCAAAGCGCAAAUCAGGAGGGGCAAGUUCCUUUGCAAAGGGCUUGAGACAAGUAGAGAGUUUAUACGCGGGCGUCUAUGUAUAUUUAUUACUAUAUUACCCCCCAUUUUUUUCUGGGAUAGCCUGUCAGAAAAAAAAUUGUACAUUUUGUAG